AUGCAGACCGCUGGGAAAUCUCCGUCUACGGGGCAAACAUUCUGCUAUCGGUAUUCUCUUUGUCUGGGUUUUCUCUUUUAUAUGGACCAUCCCUCCUAUUAUGGGAUGGAGCAGCUACACACCAAGUAA